GUGGCUGGCAGAAGGGACAGACCUGUUCCUAACCAUGUCCAGGAGAAAGCUGGAGAACAGAAGCCUUUCAGGCUUGUUGGCCAUGUCUCUGCAGACACAAAUCAGGAUGGACAAUUUCCACAAUUUUUACAUGCUUGACUCUAAAGAGCUGGGAAGAGGAAGAUGUGGUGUGGUUAGAAAAUGUAUUGCUAAAUCCACAGGUCAAGAAUAUGCAGCUAAAUUUUUAAAGAAAAGAAGAAGAGGUCAAGACUGCAAAGCAGAGAUUCUUCAUGAAAUUGCUGUGCUUGAAUUAAUGAAAUCUAAUCCUCGCAUAGUUAAUCUCCAUGAAGUCUAUGAAACAGCAAAUGAAAUCAUCUUAGUGUUGGAAUAUGCCGCUGGAGGAGAAAUCUUUAACUUGUGUGUCCCAGAUUUGGAUGACAGAGUUGGUGAAAGUGAUAUCAUAAGGCUUAUCAGGCAAAUACUUGAAGGACUUUGUUGCUUGCAUGAAAAAAAUAUUGUUCAUCUCGAUUUAAAGCCUCAAAAUAUUUUGCUGAGCAGCAUCAAUCCUCUUGGUGAUGUGAAGAUUGUAGAUUUUGGCAUGUCUCGGAAGAUUGAGAAUAGCACUGAACUGCGGCAAAUCAUGGGAACCACCGAGUAUCUUGCUCCAGAAAUCUUAAACUAUGACCCUAUUACCACAGCCACAGAUAUGUGGAACAUAGGUGUAAUAUCAUAUAUGCUGCUGACUCAAGAAUCUCCAUUUGUGGGAGCUGAUAAUCAAGAAACUUUUCUUAAUAUAUCUCAAGUUAAUGUGGAUUACUCAGAAGAAACGUUUUCAUCAGUUUCACAGCCUGCCAAAGACUUCAUUCAAAAACUUCUCAUAAAAAAUCCUGAGGAAAGGCCCACAGCAGAGGCCUGUCUCUCCCAUUUCUGGUUGCGGCAAGGGGAUUUCAUACUCUUGUGCAGCCCUGAAGAAUCUUGCUGCCCAUCUCUGAUGCCAGGACAUACAACAAAAUGCUCAGAAGAGCGGAAUGUGAGAUCCAGUUGUAAUGGCACUUGUAGCUACAAGGAAGACAAAGAAAACAUCCCAGAGGACAGCAGUACAGUCUCCAAACGCUUCCGGUUUGAUGAUUCACUGCAAUAUCCCCAAGACUUCGUGACAGACUUUGUAUGUUAAUGUGUAACAUAGAAUUUUAUAAGAAUGGGUUUUGUGUAAUCUAUUCCAGCGGCAAGUGCAAGAUUGUCUUGCCAAUUUGUGCAUUGUUGCUGUACUGGAAACGCACUUUAAUUCUUUAUUCUGGUGCUUCCUUUUCUAUCCAUUGCUGGCAAUGGGUUUAACUCCUGAGAAAUUGGAGUUGUAGCACCAGUAAAAUGAAUUAUUUUUUUAAGAAGGUACAAUUAAAUAUUUUUGCACUUUUUAAAUUUCAGUCCAAAAAUGAUGCCAAAUUAAGGCCUGUACAUGUGUUUAGAUAAACUCAUUUUAUUGAGUUUUUGCCUAAACUUUGAGCUUUGCCAAACAGUGGUUGAAUAGCGUGUCCAUUUUUAUGACUAGCCUUUAGAAGCGGAUCUAAGCAGGUAGAACUGAAUCUAGCUGUCUUAAUGGGCAUAUCUGUGACCUUUCUCCUAGAUUUAAAUGACAGCUAAAAGCAGCGUUCUGGGAAUACGAUUGACCUGCUGGGGCCAUCUGGAAAACUGCUUUUUCUCUCAUAUUUAAAGAAAUGUUUCUGUCUUAGAGAUCUAGUCCACCUAGAGAUUGAAAUGUAUAUUUAGCGUGGUAUUUUUCUAUUGUUUCCGGUGGAUACAUGUAAUGCUUGAACAGAAAACGGGUAGAUUAUCAGUCCUUGUAUUAGUGAUACAUUGCUUCUUACCAGUGAGUUAGAUUUGAAGAGGACAAGUUUUCCAUUCUGUUGUGAUUAUUUGAUACACGUUAGUUUUCUUUCAUAAAAUAUCUGAAGUAUAUUGUCUAUAAUUAUUGAUCUAUUCCUUAUAUUAAAACCAAAAAAUGAACCGAAAGCCAUGAAAUGCCCUAAAUUCAAAUUAAUAACAGAAUAAACUGAAAAUGACUUUUUUUUUUUGCCAGUAGAGUUGCAAUUAAAAGCUUUUCAUUAUGCCUUUUUAAUGCAGAUGUGCAGUGGGUUUUUCUGUCAAUUACUGUUAUUCACAAAACUUAGCUUUAUGCCUGCUUUGAGAAAUGGACUGCAGUGUAUUAGUAUAUAAAGGCAAACUACCCAUUAGUUAUUUUAAGCUUUUUCAUUUGCUUUGUUUAAUAGGUUUGUUAUGUGUUCAAGUUAUAUCCCUUACAAUUGCUGUUUCUAAGCUCAGAGAAAUAACGUGUAAGUCAAACUUCAGCUUAGAGCAAAUACCAGUCAUGUCUCUACAGCCUGAAACUAACAGUUUAACAUUGAAAAACUGACAAGAUAAGAUCCUAAUCAUAACACUGAAGCUAAAACUCUGUGUAGAAAAUAUAUUAAAAUUUCUAUAAGUAUUCUGAAAGUAAAUGGUACUUUGAAGUAGUUCUAAGCCUUGAGGAAUAGAAAAUUCCAGACUUAGUGUCUUUUAAUUUGGUUUCUUUUAUUUAAUAAAAUAUCACAAUCCUAGUACUUCUCCAAGUGUGGCUGUUGAUCCAACGAUAGUUAGGCAAAUGGAGGUUUUGGAACGUGGUAUGAUUGAGAUCGUAUGGUAAUAAUUGGUAUAAGUUUAUACUGCAGCUUUCUUCACACAAGGAAGGAACCAUUUUAUUUUAGAUUUUAAUGCAAGCUUUCCCUAUAAAGCGGCGGAGGGGGGAGAUUGAGGACUUCUGUCAUUUAUUUUGGGUGAUGUUCUGUGGAAACUCAACUGUGGUGUUUAAAAAAAAAAA